UCAGAGGAGGGAGUAUGAAGAACCAGAAAGAUGCAGUCAGAGGAGGGAGUAUGGAGAACCAGAGAGAUGCAGUCGGCGGAAGGAGUAUGGAGAACCAGAGAGAUGCAGUCAGCGGGUGGAGUAUGGAGAACCAGAGAGGUACAGUCGGCGGAGGGACUAUGGAGAACCAGAGAGAUGCAGUCAGCGGAGGGAGUAUGAAGAACCAGAGAGAUGCAGUCAGAGGAGGGAGUAUGAAGAACCAGAGAGAUGCAGUCAGAGGAGGGAGUAUGAAGAACCAGAGAGAUGCAGUCAGAGGAAGGAGUAUGGAGAACCAGAGAGAUGCAGUCGGCAGGAGUAUGGAGUAAGUGUGAGAUGCAGUCAGCGGAGGGAGUAUGAAGAACCAGAGAGAUGCAGUCAGAGGAGGGAGUAUGAAGAACCAGAGAGAUGCAGUCAGAGGAAGGAGUAUGGAGAACCAGAGAGAUGCAGUCGGCGGAGUAUGGAGUAAGUGUGAGAUGCAGUCAGCGGAGGGAGUAUGAAGAACCAGAGAGAUGCAGUCAGAGGAGGGAGUAUGAAGAACCAGAGAGAUGCAGUCAGAGGAAGGAGUAUGGAGAACCAGAGAGAUGCAGUCGGCAGGAGUAUGGAGUAAGUGUGAGAUGCAGUCAGCGGAGGGAGUAUGAAGAACCAGAGAGAUGCAGUCAGCGCAGGGAGUAUGGAGAACUAGAGGGGUACAGUCGGCGGAAGGAGUAUGGAGAACCGAGCUCAGGACAAUGGAACGAUAGCCUUAAGAGAGACAACGGCCAGGCUAUGGCCAGAGAGCCCUACAGUGAAUACUCCAGCAUGAGGAGGAGUAGAGAAGGUUGGGAGGAGUAUGGUGCUUCCUCUGAUAUGAGCUACAUCAUGGACCCAUCGUCCAGAGACUGGAGCGAAGGCUCAUUGAGGGGUAGCGGUGCUCCCUUCUCCCCAGACACAGAUGGGGACGUUGGAGAUCCUGUGGAGCUCAGUGUGGAGGACCUGGAGGUCAUAGAGAAGAGAGCUGUUCUUGCUAUGCAAAAGAUUAAACGCGGAGCUAAGGACAUGCCUAAAACACAGACUGCAUACGCAACAGCGAAGGCCAUGUCUGAACAGAGGAAGGCGAACAAUACAACAUUCAACAGUAAUGUCGCGGACCAGUCCUCACGCAUAUGCCUACCUCUUAAACGGAGGGUGCUGGACAUUUUUAGUAAGGAUACCCCUGCCAAGCUGAAGAAACAAAACAAGAUGCGAGCGUUGGAGCUGAUGAUUAGUGCUCCCCUAGAAAAUGAAGAGGCCCGUCCUCUGAGAGUGAAGGCUUUAAUGAACCAGCGACGCUAUCCCGACAAUGAGGAGGUGGUCCUGAAUGAUAAACGGCAUAAUCAGAGGCCAGUUCAUUCACUCAGGACACAGGAGAAAGACAUAGCAGCCACAGGCUUCCAGCGCUUCCUCAAUGUCCUCAAUGAAGGGGUGGACAUCAACAAGCUCUCAAAGAUCGUCAACAACAAAAAUGGGUUACUCAUUGUGGGCAAGGAGCUACCACAAGUUUGGCCGUCUCUGCCCGAGGGUCAUGUUGACUCCAGCAGUAGAUCCAAGUCUUCUCCAGUUGAGGAGAAGAAGGUGAGGCUUGAGGAUGAGCAGCGGUACGAGCAGAUGCAGACCCUGCUGGAGAUCGUUGGGCUGGACUUGGGGGUUGAGGAGUUGGGUCAGCUGACAGACAGGACCAAUGACAGGUUGUAUGGGAAGAUGGGAGACUUGAAAGGGAAAGAGUUCAAGAAUGAGAAGGGAAAAGAGAAAAAGGAGAGCGAGCCUUCAUUUAAACAUCUCAGUACUUCCUCAUUACCAUCAGACCGCGCCAGCCCUAGCCCCCUUCUAAACCAGCACUCAAACAUGACCGUUGAAUACAGCAGCUCUAGUAACAGGGUAUGGGACAUAGAGAGACAAAGGGACAGAUCUGAGAGGGACUGGCACCGACACUCUGGUACCAGAGACAAGGACAGAGGGGGGGAAGAGGAUAUAGUCAGAGAAAUGGAGAGAUCUGAAAGAGAUGGAGAGAGAGAUGGGCACAGACACUCUAGUACCAGAGACGGGGACAGAGGAAGACAAGGACAGAGUCAGAAAAGGGGACAGUCCUGCGAGAGAGAGAUACGGGCAAAGAUGCUCUCGUACCAGAGACAAGGACCGAGUCAGAGAAAGGGACAGAUCUGAGAGAAACCGAAAGGGAGAUGGACACAGACACUCUAGUACCAGAGAGAGAGACAAGGACAUACCAGUAGUCAGAGAAACUAACAGAUCAGAAAGGAACAGAGAUAAAGAUGGGGACAAAGACCCAGAGAAAGACUGGGACGGAGGCCAAGAGAGAGACCGGGACAGAUCUGGGGAAGUCGGGCAGAUACAGAUCUGAGAGACACGGGGACAGAGACCCAGAGAAAGACUGAUGGAGGCCGAGAGAGAGACCGGGACAGAUACAGAUCUGAGAGAGACAGAAACCGAGAGAUAGACAACGACAUAGACAGGUGGCUGCAAAGGACCGGAGACGAACGUUCUAGGACCACGAACUGGAACAGCGACUGGGACACCGACAACCACGCUAUUACUAGAGACUGGGACAUAGAGAGAUCUGAGAGGGAUUGGUAUGGGGAUGAGUCCAUAGACAGCUCAAUUGAGCUCUACUCAUACUCCAUGGACCCUAUAUACCCUGUUUCUCAUCCUCCUCGUGCAUCUAUGAUGGUAACCUACUCCCCCACCCAGUACUCUCAGUAUAUGGCAUACCAUAGCAGCCCCUACACCAUUGCCUUACCAUGCCCCCUGAUACCACGCUUCCUGGUAUUAUGUCCCCUGGUACCAUGCUUCCUGGAAUCAUGCCCUCUGGUGCCAUGCUGCCUGGUAACAAGCCCCUCCUACCUAACCCCCCUGGGGAUUCACCCUACCCCAGCUCCCCCCCAUAUUACUCUAAUGGAACCACAGCCUUAAACCAGACAUACGCAUACACCCAGCCUGCUAGCAACCUCCAGCUCACAUCUACCCAGCCUGCUACUAGCAACCUCCAGCUCACAUCUAGCCAGCCUGCUACUAGCAACCUCCAGCUCACAUCUAGCCAGCCUGCUACUAGCAACCUCCAGCUCACAUCUACCCAGCCUGCUACUUGCAACCUCCAGCUCUCAUCUACCCAGCCUGCUACUUGCAACCUCCAGCUCUCAUCUACCCAGCCUGCUACUAGCAACCUCCAGCUCACAUCUACCCAGCCUGCUACUAGCAACCUCCAGCUCACAUCUACCCAGCCUGCUACUAGCAACCUCCAGCUCACAUCUACCCAGCCUGCUACUAGCAACCUCCAGCUCACAUCUACCCAGCACUCCAGCAGUCUUAAGUCAGAGAUGCACAUAUAUCCAACCCGCUAGCAACCACCAUCUCACAUACACCCAGCAUGCUAGCAACCACAAGGAAAAGACACAGAAGCAUGCAGAAGCCGUAGUGAAAGUGUCCUGUCAGAUGGCGACAAAGAAGUCCCCCGCGGUAUUGACCACUCGGACAGCGACAAAAAGUCCCCCUCUGAACCAGGGUCCAAGAAGAAAGCAAAGAGGAGAAACAAUAUAUUCUUCACAGGUAUAUUCAUUAAGAGUUAUCACUGUCAUCUAAGGAAGUGUCAGUAUAAUAUGAAAUGGCUUGAGAAGAGGAGGAAUAUGGCUCACCAGCGCAAAAGAAAGCGAUUGCUUGCAGCAGGGAAAGUGGCCCCUCACUUCCCCUUUGAACCGGAGCCCAAGAAAGACCAAGAAGGAGAAGCAAGGAUAGAUCGGGAGAAACUACAUGCUGACACUGCUAAAGAAGUGGUCCCUCAGGAAGCUGCAAAGAAUUUGGAGACACCAUCUGAAACAGGGCCUAAGAAAGAACCAGAAGGUGAGAAACCACAUGCUGACACUGCAGAGAAAGUGGCUCCUCAGGUGACUGCAAUGGACCCUGUGGCCCCCCUCUGAAAUGUGCCCCAAGAAAAAAAGAGUUGUAUCCAGGUAUCUUCAUGAUGAUUCUAAUCAGAUGUUUAAAGAGGCAUCAGUACAAGAUAAAAGGGAAGAAGAAGCAUCUUGCAAAGAGGAGGAACAAGGCUUGCCAGUACAAAUGGAAGAGACCAUUGGUAGACACUAAGGAGAAAGUGCCUCCUUUAGAGGCAAAGGACUCUGGGAACCCCUCUGAGCCAAAGCCCAAGAAAAAGAAAAAUAAGAAAACACUAGAGGAAAAAGGAGAGAUAUUCAUAAGGGUACACAGAACCUAUUUGACAAGGGGGAAACUGUCAAAGGCAAAAGCAGAUGCUGAAGGCAUUGAAGCCAAUUCUGAACCAGCACCCAAGAUGGAAGGGGGGGAGGAAUGACAGAAGGGGAGGAACUGCUUGUAGACACAAUAGAGAAAGUAGUUCCUCAGGUGGCUACAAAUGACUCUGGGCUUCCCUCUGAACCAGGGCCCAACAAGGAACCAGAAAGAGAGGAAGAAACUACGUUAGAAGAGGAGAAACUGCUUGCAGAUCAUGUGGAGAAAGUGUCUGCAAAGGGCCCUCUUGGAACCAAAGGCCGAGGAGGAGAGGACAACGCAAUUAAAGAUGGCGAGAAACUGCUAGCAGACCUUGUGGAGAAAUGGGCCCUGGCUUCCUCUCUGAACCAGAGGCUGAGAAAGAGACAAGGGGAGAAACAACAAGUUCUCCCUUGGUUAACUGAAAUACCCAUGUUUUCACUAAGAUGAGGUUAUGUUGACCUUUUAUCUACCUAUGACUUGGCGUUCACCAUUCAACCACAUUUUGUCCUUGUUAUGGCAAAGCCUUUUAAUGACAUUGAAUUUCUUAAAUGUUCCUCAACUUGAAGAGUUCAACCUGAAGAUGGGCACGCCUAACAUAGCCUCAAAGGAUGGCUAGCUGUUAUCUUCACUGGGCAUCAUGAUCUCAUCUCCCACUAGAAUAGAACCUGCUGCUGACCCAUCCAGACCCUAUGGACAUCAGUUGGCUUACAUUGUUACCUAUCAACCAUUUAUAGAUUUGUAAUGACACUAGCAAUGGAUUUGUUAAAGUUGAGCCUUGUCCUUAAAUGCUUCAUAUUGAAGUUAUUUUCAGUGUAAUUUAUUGGUAUUGUGUGUAUGUGGUAGGGCCUAGGCCAUUCAUAUAUGCUAAGUACCUUUAGCGUCUAUUGACGAUAGUAUCUUCUGGCCUAGGGAGUUUUAUUAAGAGCCCCGACACUUGCACUAAAUGUUAACAUGCAUAGUUUCACGCAUCGUUUGCGGUACGAUUUUGGAAACGUAAGGAACUAUCUUUCAUAUCAGUGGAGAAAUACAACGCACGUUUAUUGGGUUAGGGUUCCCACACGGCCAUAUUUCCAUGUUACAGUGCUUGUUUACGGAAAACGUUCAGAAGACAGUUGACUACCUGUGCUAAUUAGCGAUCUGCGUCUCCAAAAACCUGUGUGUAAACGGAUGAUGGACGCCACAAACUCAUCACUGAAAAAUACUGUCAGCUGCAACUGUGUUAAAACCGGUUUUAUAAACUGGGUGGUUUUUGAGGCCUGAAUUCUGAUUGGCUGAAAGCCAUGGUAUAUCAGACCGUAUACCACAGGUAUGACUAAACAUUUAGUUUUACUGCUCUAAUUAUGUUGGUAACCGGUUUAUAAUAGCAAUAAGUCUCCUCUGGGGUUUGUGAUUAUGGCCAAUAUACCACUGCUAAGGGCUGUGUCCAGGCACUCCGUGUUGCGUCGUACAUAAGAGAAGUCCUUAGCCGUGGUAUAUUGACCAUAUACCACUCAUCCUCUGGCCUUAUUGCUUAUAUAACACUAGAGUAAAUGUAUAUUUUGCAUAUGAAAGUAGAUGGCUUUAUGUUUCUAGAACCGUACCUCAAUUUAGAUGGAGUAUUUGGCUGCCAGAGACAAUUCGCCUGUUAUAAACCAAAUAAGGGCGUGGAGUUUACUUGGUCUGGUCAUGGGGUCAGGAAAAACACCUGGCCUUAGACAUAGUACAUGUGUAUCAAUGUGAUGAAAAGACUAAUGACGGCAUUAUGUUUGUAAGUUCUCAUGCCUGAUAGCUAAAAGUAAGAACUGCCCUUGUUUCAUUCCCCGGUUCAUUCAGUCAUCCUAUUUCUAUAGAUCAUCUUUCACUUUGUAAAUAUGCAAUUGAAUAAAAUAUUCUGUCUAAUAUUG